AUCUGAUUCGUUUCCGUCUUAUAGAAAUAGAUUUUUGUGAUCCUGCCCUCUCAAUCGUGGUAAUUCGUGUGUAUUCGUGGUUUGGGUUGCCUGUGUGUGUGUAUUUACCUGGGGUUUGAUGAAUUAAAAAGUAGACUGGAGCGCAAGAAAACAACGAUAGAUAUCCUCGAUCGACUCGAAACUGAUAUAAAAAGGAUAGAAAGAGAUGGCCAAUAUAAAGAACAGACCCAUAAAAGGGUCAUAGGAUACAUUAUGGCGUAUUCCGUCGGUCUUUAUGUCCUGUUCGCCAUAUUAUACUAUUACAUGUACGUCGGGAAGAGCCAGCAUUGGAUGUAUUCUUUGCUCUACGCCUCACCGCUUCUCGUUCUACCAAUACUAGUAAUAUUCCUAAGAUCAGCAAUAUCGUGGUACUACAAUUGGUCGCUAAACAAGAACAGGAUCAAAUUAUCAAAGAUGAGAGAAGAGAAGAAGAAGAUAUUGGAAGAAGUUAUGAAUACUGAGACAUACAAAGUUGCGAAAGAGAUCUUAGAUAAAUACGGUAGUCCGGAGGAUCAAUCGAAAGCGCUAAAACCUUUCGUACCAUCGACAAAUGUGCCCGGUAAUACCCCUAGCACGCCGGUCCCAGCGACUCCAGGUCAACUGCGACAACGUCAGUUGGCGAUGCAGACGUCAACGCCCAUCAACAACAACAGGAUGUUGGUACCGGUCGUCAACUCGCCCAACUCCGUUUAUAAGGGACCUAGACUUAGGUCUGAUCAACUUCCCCGUCCACUGCCUGAAAGGAACCGCUCUGCAUUGGACAAAGUGGUGGACUUCUUGCUGAAGGACGGACCUAACCAUCGCAUGGCUCUCAUCUGUUCUGAGUGCUCUUCUCAUAAUGGUAUGGCGAUGGCUGAAGAGUUUGAUUACGUUUCGUACGUAUGUGCUUACUGCGGGCGCCUGAACCCGGCUCGCAAGCAGAGGCCAGCCGCCCCACUCCUCGCCGCCAGACCAAUACCAGCACUGCCCAACACUUCUAUGCCUGGUAGUGGGGAUGACUCCUCAAUAGCUAGCUCGGCAAGCGACAGUGAUGAUGAUAAGCGAGCUGAAACAAUGAGGAAACAUGGUUUCGAAGGCGACUCGGAUCGGCCCCCUUCGUCGGAAGGGUCUCCGAAGCCCGAAAAAGACAAGAAAGAAGACUGAGCAAUAUUGUCAAUUUACAACAUUAUUUAUACGGAAAUAGAAGUCACUGCGAGGUAACAUAAGUACGGUGUGCUUGAUAGGGGAAUGUUGAUCUUGUUUCAUACAAGUUAGAGUUUAAAUUUGAUUGGCAUUAUCAGGGUACCUAUUGC